AUGUCUCCUCACGCCAGCCAGGGCGCCACAACAAGUGGUGGGGAGGGCAAGACGCCCAGUCACUGGGCCAUGGGAAACAAGGCGUUUGAGCACCGCAUGCCGCACCACGACGGAAUCGAAGCGUUGUGGGAAACCAGAUGGAAACUACCGUGCACCAAGUCCCUCUACCCCUUCCACGACGGCGCGUACGAAGACUUUGCGCCCAUCUUUGACGAACUCAUCAGGAACAACAUCAACGACGCCUCUUCCCCAGAUUACACCAACGCCUUCCGCUCCACAGCCGAGGGUCUCAUCGGCCAAGCCGACCUCGGUGCCGCUAUUGGGACCAAGACGGCCGAGGUGAUCAACCUGUACCUGCGAGCAUGUGCUGUUUGUCGCAUCGCCCGGUUUCCGUAUAUCACGUCGUUUCCGCAGGUUAACGAUAGCGUCAAGUGGGAGAUGUGGGAGAUGCAAAAGAAGACGUACCUGAAGGCGGGGGCGCUCUGGUUGAACCCCGUGGAGGAGGUUGUGGUGAAGCAUCGGUAUGCAGAGGGGCGAGAUCGGGGGGAGAUUCCGGUUUAUGUGCGGACGCCGAAGAUGGUGCAUAUAGAUGGGGAGGAGAAGGAGGGCACCGCCUUUCCCACAGUGGUGUUGAUGACCGGGUUGGAUGGAUAUCGGCCGGAUAAUACGCUGAGGUGUGAGGAGUUUUUGAAGCGAGGAUGGUGCGUGGUGGUUGUCGAGAUCCCCGGCACCGCCGACUGCCCUGCCGACAGCGCCGACCCGCAGUCGCCUGACAGGCUAUGGACAAGCUUGCUUGAAUGGAUGAGUGGGGAUGGGCGGUUCGAUAUGAAGCGUGUCCUGGUCUGGGGCCUCAGCAGCGGCGGGUACUAUGCCAUCCGAAUCGCACACACACACAAGGAGCAGCUCGUAGGGUGUGUUGCCCAGGGCGCGGGGUGCCAUUACUUUUACGACCAGAAAUGGCUGGAGAAGGUGGACGGGCAUGAAUACCCCUUCGAGCUGUCGCCUGCCAUGGCCAUGAAACAUGGUUUCAAAUCUGUCGAGGAGUACAGGACAAAGGCGCAGAAGAAGUUCUCGUUGCUCGAGACAGGGAUCAUCCAGAAGCCGUCCACCAGGCUACUUUUGGUCAAUGGCACUCUCGACGGCCUCAUGCCCAUCGAAGACUCGAGGAUGCUUUUUGAGUACGGCACGCCCAAGGAGGCCCGUUUCUUCCCUGGUGCGUUGCACAUGGGCUAUCCCAUGGCCAACGGGGCUGUGUACCCUUGGAUGGAGGAGGUUAUGCAGUCAGUGAAGGAUUGA